AUGAUUGAUCCUCAAUCUCCAAUCUCACCUCACCUAUACCCACAAGCAAUUCAACUCAAACUUUAUCAAGCCUUCAUCUUCUCCAUUCCCAUCUUAUUCUCCAUCAUUCUCUUCCUCUUGUUCUAUCUUUUUUACCUUAAGAGAAGAGCCUCUUCUCUAUCCUCACCUUCUCCAAUGACUCUUCCUGUUUCCUCGCCCCACCAGACUUCUCCUCAUCUCCCCUCGGUGUGUUUGUUAGAUGUGAAAGUAGAGCUCAAAGAAAAGCUUCAUUUGGUUUUGUUUAAUGAAGAACUAGGAACAAGAGAUUCUCUAUGUUGCGUAUGUUUGGGCGAAUUCGAGUUGAAGGAAGAGUUGGUGGAAAUGCCUUCAUGCAAACACAUAUUUCAUCGCGAUUGCAUUCACCUUUGGCUUUAUUCUCACACCACUUGCCCUCUCUGUCGCUCCCCUGUCUUUAUCUCUUCGACCAAAACCUCUAUCGACGACGACGAGAAUGACCAUCUAGAUUCUCCUCAAACCACUUUACAUGUUUGACUCAACCCGAAAGAAAUAAGCACGAUACAAGUUUUGUUAGUCAAUAGAUCCAUACAAAAAUGUAAAUCUUAAUUUUGCUUGUUUAAGAGAUCAACAUAUAUACCAUCACAUUACAUA